CAGCUUAGCAGCAGCGGACUCUCGCGAGAGCCGUCGAGUAAACAUCGCUCUGCCGAGGCCCUCCCGCCGCUCUCCUGCUCCUCCUCCUGCCAUUAGCGCGGAGGAGGGGGCUGUGUGUGUUCUCUGAGGCGCCGGCUGCAAGCAGCGAGCGAGGAGAGUACAUGUUACCAUGGCGAUGACUGCAGGGACUACAACAUCCUUUCCCAUGAGUAACCACACCCGGGAGAGGGUGACGGUGGCCAAACUUACACUGGAGAACUUCUACAGCAACCUAAUUAUACAGCACGAAGAGAGAGAAACCAGGCAGAAGAAGCUAGAAGUGGCUAUGGAAGAGGAAGGUCUCGCAGAUGAGGAGAAAAAACUGCGUAGGUCACAACAUGCUCGCAAAGAAACAGAAUUUCUGCGACUGAAGAGGACCAGACUUGGCUUGGAUGACUUUGAGUCUUUGAAAGUUAUAGGAAGAGGAGCAUUUGGGGAGGUGCGCCUCGUUCAGAAGAAGGAUACAGGUCAUAUUUAUGCAAUGAAGAUACUAAGAAAAGCAGAUAUGCUGGAGAAAGAGCAGGUGGCCCAUAUCCGAGCAGAAAGAGAUAUUUUGGUUGAAGCAGAUGGAGCCUGGGUGGUGAAAAUGUUUUACAGCUUUCAGGAUAAAAGAAAUCUUUACCUGAUCAUGGAGUUCUUGCCUGGAGGUGACAUGAUGACCUUACUAAUGAAGAAAGACACCUUAUCAGAAGAGGAGACACAGUUUUACAUUUCCGAAACUGUGUUGGCCAUAGAUGCUAUUCACCAGCUGGGAUUCAUCCACAGAGAUAUUAAACCAGAUAACCUCCUGCUGGAUGCUAAGGGACAUGUAAAACUGUCUGAUUUUGGACUAUGCACAGGUUUAAAAAAAGCUCACAGAACAGAGUUCUACAGGAACCUCACACACAACCCGCCAAGUGACUUCUCAUUUCAGAACAUGAACUCAAAGAGAAAAGCAGAAACAUGGAAGAAGAACAGGCGACAGCUGGCAUAUUCUACUGUUGGAACUCCAGACUAUAUUGCACCAGAAGUAUUUAUGCAAACUGGGUACAACAAGCUGUGUGACUGGUGGUCUUUAGGAGUGAUUAUGUAUGAAAUGCUAAUAGGGUAUCCACCUUUCUGCUCAGAAACGCCCCAAGAGACUUACAGGAAAGUUAUGAACUGGAAAGAAACAUUGGUAUUUCCUCCAGAGGUGCCCAUUUCAGAAAAAGCAAAGGAUUUAAUUCUAAGGUUUUGUAUUGACUCAGAAAAUAGAAUUGGUAGUAACGGAGUAGAAGAAAUAAAAAGUCACCCAUUUUUUGAGGGUGUGGACUGGGGACACAUCAGGGAAAGACCAGCUGCAAUCCCUAUAGAAAUCAAAAGUAUUGAUGAUACUUCCAAUUUCGAUGAAUUUCCUGAAUCUGAUAUUUUACAGCCAGUGCCAAACACAACGGAACCUGACUACAAAUCCAAAGACUGGGUUUUCCUCAAUUAUACCUACAAGAGGUUUGAAGGGCUCACGCAGCGUGGCUCAAUCCCUUCGUACAUGAAAGCGGGGAAGUUGUGAAACAAAACACAACCCCACAAAAGAUACAAAAACACAAACCUCAGGUAGCUGCAUCACCAGACCCGCUUGGCAUUAGUUAUCAAUACAUUGACUCUGGUGCGCAUCAAUUUCACAAGGAAAUUCUACAGGAUUAGGAUUUCUGAGACUACUACAGGAAUUAGUUGGCAGUGCCAACUGGCUGGUUUGUUUUUUUUUUCCUUUUUUUUCUUUUUUUUUUUUUAAUAUUUGAAUAUUUUUGUUAACUUUAUUAUACAAAGGUACUGGAAUAAAAGGAACAUACAUCCCUUUAA